AUGCCCGAGGCUCAGAGCACAAUCUUACUCCACAUGCGGACGGGAUUCAAUGGGUUGAACGCCACACUACACUUCAUGGGGCCCGCCGGCUUCCUCUUAUCAACUUCUGAACUUCGGCUGGCCCCGUCUCACAUGUGCCCAUGUGGCAAAGGUGCGCACAAUGCGAAUAAGGUGCGCACAAUGCGAAUAAGGUGCGCACAAUGCGAAUAA